GUUGUUGACAUAAUAUUCAGGGUCUGAGAGUAUGCUUAUCAAAAAACCGAACGCGAGCUGGCGUAGUCGCGUGUGCAGAGAGGUACACAAGCAGUUUUUGAUAUCCGAACGCCACCCACUCAUCUCUGAUUAUUUACGGAGCUACCUCGCUCUGCUGGAAGAGCGCAGGCGUUACUUUCUGGAAGGCAGGAGUGUCAUCCAUCCGCUUAAUCCUUUCAACAUGUUAUAUCUUGAAGACUGCGACGUAAUUCUCAUGGGUAUCCAAAUUAUAUGCCUAAUCGACAUAAUAAUAUGUUUUAACAUCGGUAUUUUGAAGAGCGAAUCAGCGUUGAUUGUACUUGACCGUAGAAGAAUUGCGAGGGCAUACAUUUUUAGCUACUUAUUACCAGAUCUGAUAUCAUCCAUUCCGGUUUCCUACGUUUUGCUUAUGAUAAGAAAAAGGGGGCGCAAGGAUAUGUUGAUCCCAGACUUCCUACCUUUAGUUCGGGGCGUGCGGAUAUUCACUAUUCUGAAUGACCUUAGGACUCUCAUACAGGUGCGCUAUAAAGAUCCAUUUUCCGGGCAUGUUCCAAAGGGAUUCACGGGGUUCCUCGAUACACUCAACGUUUCGCGUGCUUUCUAUGACGUCUCGAGCAAGGAACGCUACAUAAAAGCCAUGUUUGUAGCUGCGUCUGCGUUUUGUAGUACUGGGUUCAACAUGUUCAAGACCUAUUAUGAGACCGAGAUAGUAGUCAACUCAUUUAUAAUGUUAUUGGGAGCCAUGUUCAAGAUGUACUCAAUUGUGUACUGGCUGAAAACGUACAUGACCGUGUACAACUCGACUUUGCGGUACCAGGAGUUAGCGGAUCAAGUUGAGAAAUUCAUGAGUCACCACCAGUUUCCUGGGCCACUAAUGAGGCGUUUGCGUGACUACUACGAAUAUCGCUUCCAAGACCACUAUUAUAAGGACUCAGUAGCUCUCGGCUACCUCUCAGGUGCGUCCGUCGUGACUGAUCGUACACAACUUCGGGAUGAGAUACGUCUCAAUACUUACCAGAUUUUGGUGGACAAAGUGGCGGUCCUUCAGAAUCUUCCGCCGGCAUUCUUGGGCAGAGUCAUGGGCUAUCUUGAACAUGAGAUAUUCUUACCUGACGACCUUGUCUACCAUGUUGGGGACUUAUGCAAGCACGUGUACUUCAUUUGCACGGGGACCCUGGCUCUUUAUACCGUGAAAGGAGUUGAGGCAAUGCACUUUGAAGACGGCGACUUUGUCGGCGGGGUGUCGCUGCUGACGUUGAGCACCAGGCGCGUCACUACACUGGUAGCCAUUGAAAUCACGCACACCUAUCGACUGAGCUUCGAGCAUAUGAGGUGAUUACUG